AUGAGGGUCUUCUUGUGUCAUGAGCCCCCAGCCAGAGAUGUAGGUGGGGACUGGAUCCCAUGGAGUGUUCUCAGGAACUACUCCUCUGCCAGUGCCAAGGAGAAGGCAAGGAGAAGCCCCGUCUGUGAGAGGACGGAGCUGCUGGAAGUGCUGAAGGCUCGAGUGAAGCAGCUCCAAGCUGGUAACGGCCCAGAGGUGACAGCCAACAAACAGGAGCUGUCCCUGCUGGGGAAUGACAAGUUGCAGGACCCGCUGCGGAGCGAGGUGGCUCCCAGCCCCAUGGAGGAGCCACCUGCUCCCUGGGGGAGGGAGAAGAGCCUGUCCCGGCCCAGCAGCUGGGCCGAGAAGUUGAAGAAGGAGAUGUACAUCCGACAGCUGAAGGUGGAGCGGAAAUUAUCCCUCGCUGCCUCCCAGCUGACUCUGAAGGACCAGGUCAAGGCCAAACCAAAGGGCAAGGCAAAAGCCAAGUCUAAAACCAAGAAGAGCCAGAAGAUCCCGAAAACCAAAGUGGCUCCUGCCUGGAACCAGAGCCAGGCUGGCUCCCGCAGCACCUACACCCAUGGCAAGCUCAGGGUGGCCACAGGGAAGGAGGGCGUGAAGGCACAGGGACCUCGGAGAGUGCGGGAAGAGAAGGACAACAACCAGCAGAAGAUCCUGCAGCAGACCAUCCAGUCCAACCUCCAGUGCUUCCUGUUCUUGCAGCAGCCAGAGGAGGCCGAGAGGUUCCUCCUCUUGUACCACAGCUCCCCUUCCAAGAGGAGGCUUCUGGAUGUCAAUGCCUACAACAUCGUGAUGCGCAGCUGGGCGAGAAAGGGCUGCGUGCAGCGCGUCAAGUGGCUCUUCAGCCUGAUGGAGUCGGUGGGGAUGCGGCCCAGCCUGGGCUCCUUCACCGCCGCGCUGGAGGGGCUGGGCCGGAGCCAGGCCCCCCCCCAGGCCGUCUGGAGAUGUCUGCAGCAGCUGAAGAAUAAUGGUUUCCAUGUGGAUGAGCUCUUCCAAAAGUGCCUGUUUGAGGAAGAUGAGAAGGAGAUGGUGCUGAGGGCCAUCAGGAUUGUCCAGCCCGACUACCAACUGCCCCCUUCACCCAGCCCCCAGACCUGCAAGUCUUCACUGCUCCAGGACUUCUACUCCAAAGAGAGGACAGUGUCAUACCCCAAGCUGGAUUUCUCUGUGCAAGAGCUGCAGAAGCGCUUCCAGCAGCAGCUGGAGAUGGAGCUGAACAGCACUGUGACCAUCGAGUCAGUGGAGUCGACCAAACCUCUGACCCCACAAACCUUGAAAGCGCGCAAACUGCUGGGGACGCUUCGCUCCCAGUGGCACAGCUCCAUCCUCCAGGCCCUGCAGAAGUCCAAGCACAGCAUGUCCAAGCUCCGGAUGGCGCCAGGGUACAACACUCUGUACCCCUACCUGUGCCUGCUGCCAGAUGAGGAGUAUGUGGCCAUCAUGAUGCAGAUCCUCAACACUCUCUCUCCACAAGGAGAAUCCCUGGCUGUCCUGGCCAGGGAGCUGGGCUCCAAGGUCUACAACAGGUACAUCACCCAGCAGAAGCUGCGCAGCCGGCAGCUGGAGAAGGUGCAGGCAGUCUAUGAGGACUACAUCCACCUGCUGGCCAAGGACAGCCAGCCUGACGAGUACUUGCCACGGGAAUACUGGGAGAAGCUGGUGGCAGAAUCAGGCUUUGGGCCUUCCCUGAACUUGAGGGACUGCAGCUGGCCAUACAUGCUCCUCAUGCGCCUGGGCAUGCACCUGCUGGAGCUCCUGGUGCAGACUGUGAAGGUGCCCAGGAACAUCCUCAAUCCUCGCCUGGAGCCCAAACUUAUCCCUGUCCUCUACCACGUCUACUCCUUCCACAGCAGCUGGCAGGUUGGGCUGAUAAAGCCCCAUCCCAUCUUCUCCCAGAUUGUGUCAGAUGCUGCAGAGACCUUGCUGACCUUCAACUCCUCUGCCAUACCUAUGCUGUGCCCCCCAGUACCCUGGACCUCCCCCCACUUCGGGGCGUAUAUCCUGAAUGACACCAAGCUGAUGCGCUUUGUGGAUGGGGUCAUCCAGCACCAGCUGCUCCUGGAGCAGUGUCCCCCAGUGAACCUCCACCCUGUGCUGGAUGCCCUGAACCUGCUGGGCAACUGUGCCUGGAAGAUUAACCAGCCUGUGCUGGAUAUCAUCAUCUCCAUCUUCAAUGACAAAGGCAAUGAGAAGCUGGACAUCCCACCACCCAUCUCUGAGGCCCCCAAACCUCCCGUUGCUCCUGGCAAUUCCUCUACCUGGAGCAAGUCCCACAAGCAUGAGUUGUUGCUGUACAAGAAGAAGACAGCAGAAAUGCACAGCCUGCGCAUGGACGCGCUCUACAAACUCUCCAUCGCCAACUACGUCAGGGACAAGGUGUUCUGGUUUCCUCACAACAUGGACUUCCGAGGCAGGACCUACCCUUGCCCACCCUAUUUCAACCACCUGGGUAACGAUGUCACCCGGGCCAUCCUGCUGUUUGCAGAGGGAAGGCCACUGGGGCCCAAGGGCCUGGACUGGCUGAAGAUCCACCUGGUGAACCUCACGGGGCUGAAGAAGAAGAACGCCCUGCAGGAGCGGCUGGAAUAUGCCAACGAGAUCAUGGAGGAGAUCCUGGACUCAGCCGACCACCCGCUCACGGGCAGGAAGUGGUGGAUGAACACGGAUGAGCCCUGGCAAGCCUUGGCGUGCUGCAUGGAAAUUGCCAAAGCCUCGAGAUCCCCAGAUCCAGCAGCCUACAUCUCCCACUUCCCAGUCCACCAGGAUGGCUCCUGCAAUGGGCUGCAGCACUACGCAGCGCUCGGCCGCGACCUGAUCGGCGCCAUCUCCGUCAACCUGAUGCCCUGCAGUGUCCCCCAGGAUGUGUACAGCGCCGUGGCCCAGCAGGUGGAGGAGUUCCGGAGAAAGGAUGCUGAGCAGGGGGUGAAGAUCGCCCGGGUGCUGCAGGGCUUCGUCAGCCGCAAGGUGGUGAAGCAGACAGUGAUGACGGUGGUUUACGGCGUCACGCGCUACGGCGGCCGCCUCCAGAUGGAGAAACGGCUCAAGGAGAUCAACGAGUUCCCCGAGGAAUACUUGUGGGAAGCAUCUCACUACCUCGUAAAGCAAGUGUUCAAUGGCAUCAAGGAGAUGUUCUCAGCAACUAGAGAUAUCCAGCACUGGCUGACAGAGAGCGCCAAGCUCAUUGCCCAGUCGGGACGGACGGUGGAGUGGGUGACACCGCUGGGCCUCCCCGUCGUGCAGCCCUACUACCGGUCCAGGUCCACGGUGCUGAAUUGCAGCAUGCAGCACCUGAGUGUGAAAAGCUCCAACAGCAACCAGAAGCCUGAUACAGUGAAGCAGAAGAAUGCCUUCCCACCCAACUUCAUCCACUCCCUGGACUCCACACACAUGAUGCUCACAGCUCUGCACUGUCUCAGGCAGGGUCUGACCUUCGUCUCAGUCCACGAUUGCUACUGGACUCACGCGCUUACUGUGGACAUCAUGAACCAGAUCUGUCGACAGCAAUUCGUGGCUCUGCACAGCGAGAAGAUCCUGCAGGAUCUGUCUGAGUUCAUGCUGGAGAAGUACUGCAGCCCUGGCAGAGAGACUAGAGCCCCCUGGCAGAAGAAGCUGAUGGAGCAGCUGUCCAAUGUCCCCAAGACAGGUGACUUCAACCUGAAGGAGGUGAUGGAUUCCACCUACUUCUUCAGCUGAGCCCCAGCAGCUGGUGGGGCCCUGCACUACCUCUGGCCU